UCUCAUUGUCGCCCGUCAAAUACGAAAUUUUGCUUUUGAUCACACAGCAAGCAAAAUGUCUAACAGAGAGAAACAAGAUUCGAAGAUCAAGGACGUGGUCGCUGGUCAGCAAGAUGAUUCUGUCAAGAUUGAUCAGAUCGCAAAGAUUCGCGGGUCGUUCGGUCCAGAGGAUAAGAGCAUCUACUACCCCACCAUCCAGAAGUAUGUGAACGAGGAGGUUGACCUCGCAGAGGCAACACACAAAUUGUGCGACCCAAUCGACAAAAAGAUUUCCGAGAGCAGACUGGACGACGUGAACUUUUGGGACUUGUGGUACAGCAUUAUCCACUCAGCAAGACGCACUACGUUCCACGACACAGACAAACACGUGAAAGUCAUAGAUCUCGUGGGCGCAUUCAAGAACCACUCGAUUCCCGGAAAUGAGAAGUACAACUACCUUUACAGCUCUCUCACCGAUUUCGGUAUGGCGUGUCGCGAGGUUCUCAACGACAAUCCAACAGCAUCAGCAGACGAAGGCAGUGUCUCGCAGAUCGAGAUAGAUGCUUGGGCCAACGUAAACAUGUUCUUUGCUCGCAUCACUCUGAAAGAUAUCCAGGAUCUGUCCCUGUACGCUAUAUGGAUGAUGCGUGAAGCGCUGGAAGAGGUCAAGCAAGACGACGAGCGCACGACUGCGGCGCAAAAGUUGGAUAUGUCGGUGCCGGCCGCGGCGAUGUGGAUCUUUGGCAUGGGAAAGGCAUUGUUCCAUAAAGAGAAAGAUCUCACCCCCUCGAACAGCCUUGAGGGUAAUCCUGCAAGAGGUGGAGAACUGUGGAAAGGAAAAGGUGAGUUCAGCAAGAAGCGCUGGGCGCUCUGGAAGGACAGAUUUGCAGAAAUUGGCAAGAUGAAGGACGUGAGCGAGAGGACAAGCGGGCUUGCGAGGGACGCCGUUGAAGUGAUGGAACGUGCUGAGACUUUCGAACUUGUGACCCAGGAUUCGGACGAUGAACCUGAGUUUUAGAACUCUAAGAGAGUGUGAAUCCGAGGGGAUGAAGGUUGGGGUUCUCAAUCGUCAUGCGAAUACGCUCUUGCAGACAAUGCACAUGUCCGUCGGGUUGUUUCUCGACCCAAAGACGAUCAAAUUCAACGUUGACUCGAAGAAGAUACAUCGAUCCCUUUUCACGUAUGGUCACCACACCCAGUGCAUUCGUCCAACUAUAUAUCCUGUUCUUGAAAUUUAGUAAUGAACACCUGUUUACAUCCCCCUGCACAUAGUCGCCAAGACGGCAGGCGCAUGUAAGGAC